AUGUAUUGUUCAAUGGUGAAUUUUCAAUUCAGAAAAGCGUCAGCUCUGUCAUCCAGUAUCACCGGACUUUGCAGAUCUAGGAAAACAUUCGGAAAGAUCUCGAAAUUUUCCGGCUUGCUAAGUCCUGUAUGCCAAGUCGCCGACGGUCAUGCGCAGCGCCUCAAACACCAGAUAACGUACAAGGCGUACGUCCCGCCCUGCUACCAGGAUCACGACCACAAAAACAUGGCGCUGAAGAGGCCGAUGUCCCCACAUCUCACCGUGUACGCUCCCACUUUAGUGGCUAUGACGUCCAUCGGACAAAGAAUCACAGGUACAUUGUUAGCAGCCUACGCUCUGCUUUUGUCUGGUGCCACACUGUUCUUACCCAACGGAAUAGAAACAUACGUCUCGAUAAUACAAAGCUUGGAUCUGUCGAAAACCACGAUCUUCAUACUCAAGCUAUUAGUGGGAUUGCCGUUCGGAUUUCAUUACUUUAACGGGAUUAGAUACUGCAUGUUUAAUUUGGGAAAAUGGUUGUCCCUAAAAGACGUUUAUGCCACUGCCUACUUGACCUUUGUGCUGACCGGAGUGAUCGUCAUAUUUUUUGCCUUUUUAUAA